AUGUUUGUGUUCCUGAUCUGCAUCUUGACACUUCACACAGUGCACUCUGCCUGUGAUUUGGUAAAUAUUUGCACAGAAAACCCAACAGUGCAGGCGGAGAUUGUUGACCAGCACAAUGCCUUCAGGAGAGCGGUUGAGCCCACUGCUGCUGACAUGCUGAUAAUGAAUUGGAGUGACGAGAUAGCAGCCACCGCUCAGGCCUGGGUUGACAAAUGCAUUUUGUCUCAUGGACCGGUCAGUACCCGCAUGCUCGAAGGCUAUGCAAUGGGUGAGAAUCUGUUCUUUGCCUCUGCACCGCACAUGUGGACGGACGUCAUCAACGCCUGGCACAGCGAGGUAGAAAAUUACCAGUAUCCCAAUGGAUCCACCAACGGGAAAGCUAUCGGUCACUACACACAGGUGGUGUGGUAUAGCUCCUACAAAGUUGGCUGUGGAGCGAAGUUGUGCCCUGGCAACAUCUAUUUCUAUGGCUGCCAUUAUUACCGAGCGGGGAACUUCAGGACAGUGGCGCCAUACAAGGCUGGACCCCCAUGCGCUUCCUGUCCCAAUUCCUGUGAAAAUAAACUUUGCAACAAUCCCUGUCCUUACAUAAACAGGUUCCGCAACUGCCCAGCCCUGAAAAAACAGCACGGGUGCAGCAACACCCUGGUGUAUGCCUGGUGUCCUGCUGAAUGCAAAUGCAACAAUGAAAUCAUCGCAGUGGGCUAA